UAGCCGAUCACUUCACUUGUUAUUUCUUAUAUAUUAUUUUUGUUUUUUUACGUUCAAUAACAUGCCUGAUAGCAGAUCACGUGGCUUGAGGGCCUAACCACUUUUUUUUUGUUUAAUUUAUCUAUUAUUUUCUUAUGGAAUUUAGUUGUUACUUGUUACUUUAUCUGGAAGCUGUGAAAAAAUGGAACUAUAAAGUCGGAAUUUGAAUUUUAGUUCUGUGAAGAUUGAAAAUAUCCAAAACUAAGUUCAAUGGUUAUAUUGUGGCUCAGUAGAAGAAAGUUUUACAAAAUACGUUUAUUUUUGCUUCAAAUGGACGAAUGAAGGUUCAAAAAGUUAAUUUUUGUAUAUGUAGACAGAGUUGAUAGGACGCUGUUCUUCUGCGAUCUUUGAUUAUCAUUGUUAUUGGAUUUUGAUUUGGUUAAUCGUUUCUUGUAAUUAAAAUUUAAAAUUUUGCUACCUUCAUAUGGACUUUAAUGUUAAUUUGUAGGUUAACUAUUUAGUUGUUUUGCUGUGAAAUAUUUUGCCAUAGGACAAGUAGUCAGUUCCAUUAAUGAAUCUUUGUUCUAAAUGGCUGGUAUUUUAGUUCUAGAAAUUUUACUUGCUGGCAUUGUUGGCAUAAGUUCUCCGCUGUUUUAUGGAUGGUUAGUAGUGCUUGGUUUCAGAUUGGACGUAAGUGUUACAAUCAGAAGUCCUCAGGCCUCAAUGUUCUCUAGAAUAGAUGCACUCUCUUUAUGAAUUUAAUUUACUCAGGAUAUUUCUAUAUUAGAUCUUUGCAUUUGGUUUUCAUUUCAGAAAUGGUAAGCAUGACCAUAAAGUUAUUGCAUUUGUCUCUAGGUUUACUACAAUGGCACACAAGACAUGUUUGUGUAUUAGGUAUUUUAGAGUGAGAUAAUGGUUGAUGACACAUCUUGACUUCUUAUUUUGAAGAUUUUUGUAGCAGGCGGGUGUGUAGUGUUUUGAUCCUUCAGGAUGUUUGGUUGCAUUGCUAACAUGUGAACACCUAGUGAUGUCCAUUCAAGGCGCAUGAUAAUAUGAUUUUAUUUAGACACUUCUUUUUCCAGGUGGACAGGGGGUUGGAGGGUUGCAUCCAUUUAAAACAUUGUUCAGUGCUCCAGAUUUAGUAAAAUGACCUAGAUGCAGAAUAAAAUCUGCAUUUUUGGAUAAUGAGUGGUACUAUUAUCUGGUUAAUUAACAAUCCUUCUAUCUAUGUCAUUUACUGGCUAUUAUAUAGAUUGCUUGGAGUAGCAUUCUUUCCUGAAUCAUUUUCUAGUACUGUGAUUCAAUAACAAGUCAUGUAAAGUAAGCUGUUUUCAGAUCUUUAUUGCUUCUCUUCCCCUCCCCUCCCCCCCCCCCCCCCUUGAGGCCCGUUUAGUUGCAGUGGCAUCUUUGAGUUAGUGGUUGUGCUCUGUUUGUGUACAUAAAUGCCAGUUGCAAAACUCAAGGCUGGCAAUUCUGCACAUGUAAUGAAAUCGGAGGAGCCAAAUGAUUCUUUGGACACUUUCAUCAGGCAAGCUAUUGGAAAAGAAUCUUUCCUUUCCUUCUCAAGGGCUGGGGACAACCCAGUCCAAUGGAUUCAAUUGCUCCAUGCCUUAGAUCAACAAGAUAUCCCUGGCUGGCCUUUACUCACUCCUCUGAAGGUGCAGAUGCAAAAGUGUGAUAAGUGUUCGCGAGAAUUUUGUUCACCCAUUAACUAUAGAAGGCAUAUACGUGUGCACCAUAGGUUGAAAAAACUUGAUAAGGACUCUGCCAAAAAUAGGGAUCUAUUAGCAGCAUUUUGGGACAAGCUGUCAGAGGAUGAGGCAAAGGAAGUCAUAUCAUUCAAGGAUGUGUCAUUGGAGGAAGUUCCUGGAUCUUCAGUUAUAAAAUCAUUGACAGCACUUUUAAAGAGACCAGGGUUUUCUGCUUUGCCACUAGUUUGUUUGAGGGCAGGUUCUGCUCUUCUGGACCUCGUCCAAGCCAGACCUUCAAGGUUUCCGGUAUCUUCACAAGAGUUAUUUAGUAUCCUUGAUGAUGCAAGUGAAAGGACUUUCCUUUUUGGUGUGGCUGUUUCAAUUCAAAAAUACAUUUUUGAUGGGGAAGCAGGAAAGAUUGGUCUUGAAACCAAAAACUUGGUUGCUUGUACCAGCUUCUUGGUGGAACAGAAAUUGGUUAAAGCAUGGCUUGCAGAUAAGGAUGCUGAAGCUUUGAGAUGCCAAAAGUUGCUAGUGGAAGAGGAAGAAGCUGCCCAGAAGAGGCAAGUUGAGCUUCUUGAGAGAAAGAAGCAGAAAAAGCUUAGGCAGAAGGAGCAGAAAGCAAAGGAACAAAGACAAUGGGAGGUGGAAGAAGAUAAGCAGAACAAUGAUGAUUCAUUGGAGGUUAACAUUCCUGCUGAAACAUCCAGCACUUUAGCUGCUUUCGAUUCUGAUGGACAAAACCCAGUCAUAUCGACUUAUCAAGUUCUCCCAUCUGUAGAACCCAUUCAUAUUUCCAAACCUGAGGAGGAUGUAGAUUACGAAAUUCAGAUGGGUUUUAGCAAUGGAUAUUGUGAUUCAGGAACCAGUCAGAAUGUUGAAAGCCGAAUGGAGCAAGUUGGUGGACAUCAGCGUAUUGUUGUUACUCGAUGGCAGACUCCACCUAAAUCACAUAAAGGGGUGCUUAAUGAUUUCCAUGCCAGUCAGAAUUCCCAUAGACUUAAGUUUGGAGGCAUGAAUAAACAUGGAACAAAAAGGGAAAGGGUUGCUGCAAUGGGUAAUAGUAAUAAAAUGUGGAGCCGAAAAUCUAAAGCAGUAUAUGAUGGGAAGAGUUUGAGAAUUAGAGAAGAGAAACAAACUACAAAUCAACUGGAUCAAAAUAAGAACCAUGAGGUUUUAAUUGGCUCUAUAUCCGUCAUGCUUGGAAAUUGUAGCUAUCUCGAGGUAAACAAUCUAGCUGAAGCCUGUCACAGGUGCCUGGCGGAGUGUCAAAUACCAAAGAAGAACAAUGUUCAGGAGAAGUUCAGCCAACUUGAUCCUGUUCAGGGUGUUACAAACCGAUCAACCAUUAAGUUUUGGAGGCCAGUGAGCCAACGUGAAGGACAAAGUUCACUGCCAGUCCAAAAUGGUGUUAAAGAAUUUGAAGUGGAAGUGAUUGCUGAAAAGGAUGGAGUCCAGACCUUUGAUGAAAGCUGUCUAAGGUUAUAUGCAACAGAUCGUAACGAUGGUGUGGUAAGCACGAAUCUUUCUUCAACACUUGAGGAAAGUGUACAACCAGGAAGCUUGCAGUUUGACAGCCAUGUUGCCAAGGCCUUUCUUGCUCGGAGGUGGAAGGAAGCUAUUGCAGGCGGACAUGUGACAUUGGUUCUCUCCCCGAACCUGGAGCCGCCAGGGUGCUCAGAGGUUGAAAAUGAUUCGUCAGAAAAGUGGAUGGAUAAGGCGGGGGCUUUUGAGGCUUCUACUGGUGGGGCUGCCAAAGGCAAGUUCAGAACGAUGCCUGAAAAGGUUGCAAAGAUGUAAUACAUUACGAAACAAAGAUCUGCCACCUAAGAGCCGGAGAGAUAUGGAUGGGAAUAUUUAGUGUUGAGAUAUGCACAGUUUAGUGGAUCAUCAUUAAAUUCUUAGCCAGAGGUUCCAGUUUUACCAGUGGUCUUCUGUCGGAAAAUUGAAGAAAAGUUUUGCCGGAAAACGUUUCUCAUUCCGUCCGUUUUCCUUGACGUGAUAUAGCAGUUUGACUAGUCCUAAAAUUUUUUCUGUUGUGUUAAUCUUUUUUGGCUUAAUUGUCUAAAUUUUUUGCUGUAAUAAAUUGGGGUUCUGGCUAUUUCAAAGGUCUUUUUUGGGGUCGAAGUGGAAGUUCAUCUUUUGUUUUCUUUUACUUCCAUCCUGUGCAAACAUCUUAGUAUGAUUUUUUCCUCGUCUUCCUACAAAACGUAUAACAGACAAGCGGAGUAUGAGGAGAAACUUGUGAUAUGUCGAGCUUUUUAACAUUUGGAUCUUUGGGACUUUUUAAUAUUUUUGCAUGACCUUUUUAAACUUGCCCGAACUUAUUGGUUUGCCAAAAGCCCAAUGGAGCUUUGGAAUUGAUCUUGAGACUUUUGUCCAGACCAAUGAUUCAUGGACUCCAAUUCUUGUUAUUAAUUCUCAGCAAUGUUAAUUCAG